AUGGCAUCCCGACGAAGUGGCACGAGAGCAUGCCAUACGAAAGGGCCGUGGUCUACGCUGCGCUUAUGUCUGACUUCGUUGCACACUGCAAGAAGAGCCUACGGGAGCUCCUCAGCGGUCCCGCCGAAUCUGAGCUUGCCAACGUGCGGAUCCGAACAAAGGAGGGCACGGAACUCAUCUGCGUCACCCAGACCGAGUACAUCUUCGUGGUGGUCCAAAACUGCACCGGCAAGCCUUGGCAGCAGGACGAAGAGGGCGCUGCUACUGGCACCGGCGAAG